AUGAAGCCCGCCGUCAUCCUCCUCCUCGUCGCCACCGCGCUCGCCAUGCCCAUCCCCAAGCCUGACGCCGAUGCCGUCGCCGUCGCCGGCCCCCAGACGGGCUGGUGGCACCAGAACGACGGCCCUCUGCCCCUCUGGAAGAAGAUCGCCGCCGCUGAGGCCGAAGCCGAGCCUGAGAAGUAA